AUGUCUCUCACGGGACUCUACAAUGGAGUGUUACUCUUCAGCAACCCCUCCUGGACCGGCGCUGGCACCGUCCCUGUCUCGCUGAUACGAAACAUCACCGAUGUCGCACAGGACUUGGGAUACGAGCUGCACCUCAAGAACAACCUCACCACUCUCUCCACCAACGGGGCCCAGACGCUCAACGGUGUCAUACAAGGCCUCCUCUACGUUCCCGACAUAUCCACCGUCGCCUCGUGCAACGCUCAACAGUACGACUUCAUCCCCCACAACGUUACCCGCAGGGCCCAGCUGCCCCCCGCAAACUAUAACCUCAUCGCCCUCGCCCCUUGGUUCAGCAUAGACUGUGUCCAAGCCUUCCUUGCCUCAGCCCGUUUGGACCCCAUCCGUGCUUUCAUCUUCUACAAGCCAAACAACUCGACCGAUAAGCCCCAAGGUCCUGACUCUGCGGUAUGGAACCUCGACGACGGCGGCGCCUGGAAGGAAUCCAGGUUCCCCAUCUUUGCCAUCCCCGGCAUCGAGGGCCAACGCAUGAUGACUCAACUGAGUCUCUAUUCCGGAACCGCUGAUACCGUUCCUCAUGGCGCCGAAAUUAUGCAGCGAUACGGCACAAAUCAAAGAGACUAUGUCAGAAUCUGGGCCCAGCUCACCAUGAAAGGUGCCGCGAGCCUGCCCUCGCUAUGGGUCUACUUUCUCAUCGUCAUCGGGGCCCUUCUCUUCAUAGUCGCCUCCGUAUCACUCACCAUGCAUUUCAUCCAGCGCCGCCGCCGUACUUCUUUGCGGAAGCGUGUCGAGUCUGGUGAAGUCGACCUCGAGGCCAUGGGAAUCAAGCGCCUCACAAUCCCCGCUUCUCAUGUCAAAGAUUUCCCGCUCUUUACUUACACCAGCCAACCAGAGCUUGCGUACGACCUCUCUACACCCACCUCAGAGGUCCCCUCCCCCAUGCGACCCGGCAAAGGCAAGAAGAAACGCAGAGGCGAACGCCACAGCAACUCAUCCGCUACUGUCGUCUCAGAUAGCGUCCAGACCUUGCGCAGCCAACGUUCCGCUGUCACUGGAACGGCCAACACAACCGCCACAAAUUAUCAGCCGCAGUGUCAUAUUUGCCUCGCCGAGUUCGAAGAUCGCUUCAGUGUCAUCCGCGAAUUGCCAUGUCACCACAUUUUCCACCCCAUCUGCAUCGACGAGUUCCUUCUCCGCAACAGCUCGCUGUGCCCCAUGUGCAAGCAAUGCAUGCUGCCGCCGGGGUACAGCCCCAAGAUAACCAACGGCAUGGUUCGCCGUGAGCGCGCCCUGCGCAAGCUUCGAGAACGAGUUGAGUUUGACGACUCUUCCAUGGAAUCUGGCGAUGUCAAGUUCAAGGGAUGGGGCAAGCCAGGCUGGGGAAAGCGACUAUUUCAUUCGUCGUCUUCGUCGGAAGAAAGCCGGGAUAUCCAACUCGAGAAGCGACUCUCAACACCACCCGAACGCUCCAGCGAAGGCGAGUCUCCUGGAACGCGUGGAAAUGAAAGCGAUGAGAGUCCUGGAGGUGGACCCCCGGAAGCUGCUGCGACAACCGCCCCGGCAGCCGCAGCACCACAGUCGACGACGCACACGGCCGUCCCACAGCCCGCUGCUUCUGCCCCGUCCCCGAAGAAGGCCCGCCCGCGAAAGUCCAAAGCCCGACCCCUGCACGUACUGCCCACACAGCCCGAAGGCGCAGAACUUCGAACAGGGUUCGCUGGCUUUGUUGGCCGCAGCAGUCCGUCCUCGUUUGCGCGCGAGCGUAUGCGAGAGAUUGCGAACCAGAAUGCGCCAUUUGACGACCCCGAUCAAUCACGUCCCAAAUGGCGCCGCGCAGUCACCAAGGUCUUUCCAGGGUUAUAA